UCUGCACAAGUUCUCUUCUCUUGUCUGCCACCACGUGAGACAUGCCUUUCACCUUCUGUCAGGAUUUUGAGGCCUCCUAAGCCACGUGGAACUGCGAGUUCAUUAAACUACUUUCUUUUGUAAAUUGCCCAGUUCUCUGGUAUGUCUUUAUCAGCAGCAUGAAAAUAUGGACUCAUACAAGGCAUCAGAUUAUAACUCACUGUGAUUUUGAUUUGCUUUUUGUUGUUGAGUUGUAGGAAUUUGUAUAUUCUAGAUAUUAAUACUCUGUCAGUUAUAUGAUAUGCAACUGUUUUGUCCCUUUCUGCAGGCUGUCUUUUCACUGUCUUCAUAGUAUCCUAUGAUGUGCAAAAGUUUUUAAUUUUUGAUGAAGUUCAUUUAUUUUUUUCUUUUGUUGCCUGUGCUAUUGGUAUCAUAUCUGAGUAGUCAUUGUCAAAUCCAAUGUCAGCAUAAAGAUUUUUGCGUAUGUUUUCUUCUAAGAGUUUAACAGAGAUAAUUUUAUUUCUUCCUUUCCAGUUUGGAUGGCUUUCAUUUCUUUUUCUUACUUAAUUGCUCUGGCUAGAGCUUCCACUACUGUGUUAAGUAGAAGUGACAAAAGCAAGAAUUCUGUCUUGUUUCCACUCUUAGGGGAAAAGCUUUCACUAUUUCACCAUUGAGUAUGAUGUUUGCUGUGGAAUUUAUAACAGACGUUAACAGAUAUUUAAUUUCCUUGCCUUGCUGGAGUGUUUCAGGAACGAUUCUGUAUUCUUUGACUGUCCUGGGACUCUUGGAUCCAGAAUGCAGUCUAGAAGCCCAGAACGAGUUGGCUGGGGAGUUGGGAGACACAGGUAACAUGAUUUUGUUCUAUGUUAUAGUGUGGUGUCAGUUCACCUUUCUUUCCAGACCUGGUGGCCAUUUUGUAGUCUUGAGGGUUGCAGCAAAGGCCUUAGGUUUUGAGUGGUCUUUCAGAGGCAAGGAUGGUUCUUAUACCAAGGUUCUCACAACUUCACUCCCUUUUUGUCCCAAAAUGAUUGAGACCAUAGGGUGGUCUUGAAGGAGGUCACCUGAAUAGAUCCACAUCCCCAUCCCAAUUUCACUUCGCCUCUCGUACUUCAGUACCAGGUUUAGGGGACAUGUGCCAUUCAAGUUAGGUUGGCUUUGUAAUGACUUUUCAGGGUGGAUUUUGGCUUCAUACAGGUAAGAACUUUCUACCUUUGUAAUAUCCUGACUCAUGAGUUGAAACAAUAGAUAUGAUGAAGGCCCGUGCCCCAUUUAGAAGAGUAAGUCUCACGUUGCCAGGUCAGAAAUAGAUCCUCUUUCCUCUUGUUAAGCGUCGUGCUGAAUCCUGAGAGUGGUAAUCCCGCAGUAGGCAGAGAGAGGAAGACGUUGCCCUGAAGCUGUGGGGAGGCCUGGGGUUCAUUCCUACUGGGCUGAGGGUUCUGGUCUCUUCUACCAGUUUAAACAAAAGGGCACAGAUAGCCAAGAGCAGUAUCAAUUGAGAGUAGCACGAAUCCUGGGCGCCAUUGUGUGCUGUUUAGUUUUGGCCCCUGUUUUAACACAGGGAGAGGGCAGAUGGUGAAGCUCUGGCCACCUGUGAGUGUUGGCAACCCCAGGGGGGCAGUCCGUCCUGCUGGCUGUACUUUGCUUGAGAACUGGAAAUACUGGACAUAUGACAUUUUCCUUCUGACUCUCACCAUUUGUGUGGCUUAUGCAGGAGGCAGGGGAGGAACAUUCUAAAUGACCUGGAGUUAUGCAUCUUGCCAGAAUCAACAAGCAGGACAAGCCUUUGGGCAGAACAGUUGAGCCACUUUUCAAAGGCAGUGACCCUCUGGUACCCCCUACUUCAAACUGGCUCUGGAGGAGUAGACUGUAGUGGAGUGGACUGGAAUGGAAUGCCCUGCUGAUUGUGUGGAGCAGGGCUGAGUAGCACAUGGUUUCUGGCCAGUGAUGUUCAUUUAUGUGGCCAGGUCUCAAACUCAAUAUUGUUUUUAAGAAAAUCUUUCUGAAUGAAGAAGUCUCCAUGGGCUCUUAGUCCAUAAAAGCUAAGAUUCUUUGCAGAGUUUCAUUGGGCAGCAGUUCCAUGUCUAGGGGUGGAGGUUCGGCUUCUGUCAGACUGUCCCACAGAGCACAUUGAAGUCCUGGGUGCUGGGCAGGGCUGAAAUUCCCAGGGGAGCACCCCCAGGGCUGGGUCCUAGGGCGCCUUGACACUGUUAAAAGUUACUGAAGGCCCCAAAGGGCUGUGGUUAUGUGGCUGUGUAUAUUGAAAUUUACUGUUUUAGGAAUUGACAGGCAUUUAAAAAAUAUUUCUCCAUGUAAAAAGAAUAUUGUACCAUUAUAUGUAAACAUAACAUCUUUUAUGGAAAAAAGCUGUAUUUUCAAAAAAAAAAAAAAAAAUGAGAAGAGUGGCAUUGUUUUGUACUUUCUAAAUCCCUUUAAUGUCUGCUUUAAGAGAAGGUAGUUGGAUCUCCCUCCCAUCCCCCCGCCAUCUGCAAUCAGUCACAUGUCAUGUGCCCUCUAGAAAACUCCGCUGUGCAUUCGUGAGGGAAUGCAAGGGACAAGGACACAAGGACACAUCAUAUCUUACUAUCUUGAAGAUAAUUUUGGCUUCACCGCUCCUGGAGGUCUUGCCAUAGGGGUGAGGUCACUCAUACCUGGGUACCACGUGAGAGGGUACCACAGGUGGAAGCACAGGUGUGGGGAUUUAGGCAGAGACCUUGGAGGCCAGGGGCUGCAACACCCCCUCACUGAAUUCAGAUAGAGAGGUGCUUGGGAACCACCAGUUCCUCUGGUUGUUCUCUUGUGUCUGUUGUUUGAAUCAGAAACUCAGCAGCUUAGGCCUCAGAGAGAUCUUGAGGGUACUUGGUCCAUAACUAUUAUGUGCCAAAUGAGGGAACUUAGUUCUUCAGUCUUCUAGAAUAAUUUUAUCCUUUUUUGUGUUAAAAUGUGGAUGCAGCCUGGAAGUGGUAAUGCUAGAUGCUGCAUACCACCUUGAUGGAACUAGAUGAAGUGAUUAACUUCAGUCACCCGAGUCUGGAAAGCCUGGGACCAGGCAGGGCAGCAGCAUUUGAGGGACUUUUGGGAAGCUUGGCACAGCUUGAGUGUAGGAGCUGUGGUGCACAAGUACAGGCAACUGUCUCUCUGUCUCUUCCCCCAGUGUUUGUUGAGCCAAUGUGAUGUUCCCUGUCCUGUGUUGGCUGCCCAGGUAAUAUACGGCACUUUCUAUCCUCAGGUCACCUUUACUGGGGGGCAGACUAAAGGUUUGUAAAAGAAACUGUGAUACCAACGUCAUUCGAUGAGCCACCCAAGAGUGCCUUGGAACAAAGGAGUGUUAAUUGACAGUGACUGGAGAAUAAGAAGUGGUGGCUCUUUUACCUGAUAUGUAAAGGAGCUGAGGAGAGAAGGGUGUUGCAGAGGAAAGCAGGGGUCUCCAUCCUCUUCCUCCCCACUGCUGUUGCAGGCUGACAGUCUUUGAGUACACACACAGAUGUGGCUGUGUUGCACGCUGUCAGAGGACCUGUGAGUCCCACCACCUCCUGAAGCAUAAAGGUCCUUAGUGUGGUGCUCAGAGACCCCUGACCAUGGGGUGCAGGGUGCACAGAACUGGCCAUGAGCUGACUUUGUAGAAGGGCAGCCUUGGAGGGAGGACGAGACAGUCAUGAGAGUGGACCCAUUUUCCUCUGUCAGGAGGGAUGGGGGAAGUGAGGAGGACCUGAUCUAUAUUUCCCAAGAGAAGCUACUUCAGUAGCUGAAGCAGGUGGUUUUGGCAAAUAUGAAGGACAGGUUUUUUCUUGGGUCCCAGGACUCGCUUUCCUCCUGGGAAGCUCGACCUCUUGUGUGGCUCCAUGGCUCUGGUCAGAUUCCUGACUACUUAGCAUCACAACAGUGGAGGACAACGGAAUUCUAAAAAGAUUUAGAGGAAACUUAGUAACGUUUACAGGAGACACUUUGAAAUUCGAUUGUUGUGACUCUUUUAAUGGCUCAGAUUGCAGAGAGGAGGAUAACUCGUGUAAUGCAAUGCUAAGAGUGGAUUUUGAUGGUGGAGCAAAGGAAGUUUGAAUUAGCUUUGAUUAGAAUGUAGCCUCAUCAUGGGGACUCCAUUCCCAUGGGGAGUAUUGGAUGCUUUAAGAUGGAUUCCCCUGAGUUCAGAGGUGGGCAUCAGAGUGAUUUGCUUGCAUACCAGUCGUGCCUGUGGUCCCGGGUAGCUUUCUGCUCAUCAGCACAGUGAAUGGGGCUCUGCUUUUCUCCCUUUGGCUUUGCCUCUGGUCCAAGAAGCCAACUUCCUGAAAUAGAAAAGGAGAAGCUGUUCUUUGGCCAAUGAUUUGAGAAUAGCUAGAACUAAAGUUACCAACUGUGGAGGGCGGUUCCCUGUGGGCCUCAUCAACAGCUGAGGGCCCCCUUUCAGACACCUGUGAACAAGCUUCUCCAGAAUCCUUGCAUGCAGCUUUUGCAGAACUGCUAAAAGCAAUGGUUGGUCAUGCUUGCCACAAACUGCUUCUGUUGAGAUCAUCAUUCUACGAUCUUGACCAAUGGGUGAGGUUUGGUUGCACUUUUGGCGUCUUGAAUUCACAGACCUGUGGAAACCAGAUUAGGGAGCAUGUUGGAGGUAGCUCUGUAACUGACAAUGCUAAGAUUGAGAACAUAGUGAUCACAUGCUAAGUGUGUAUUGAGUGAAUUAAUGAAGGAAUAAUGGAUUUCAGGACUAAGGGGAAACAUAGAAAGAGGCGAUUAUAAAGGAAGUGAAAACAGGCCUCCCAGCUGACCGGAAUGAACCCAGGGGUUUAUGAAGGCCUUAUUAGGGCAACUGAAGUCUUAAUUUGGGAAUUGAAGGAGGUAGCAAUGGAGUCUUAAACUUUUCUACUCAAAUUACAAGAGCCAGGUAAAAAGAGAAUUAGUGCAGAAUCUGGUAUUUGAGCUUCCCGCAUUGAUUUUUCUAAAUUAUUUGCCAAAUUACAGGUUGUUUACUUUCUUUGGCUAAAGCACCGUUCAGGGUUUGCCUUUGUCAUUGCACAGUUUGUCCCUAGGUCAUGGGAGCUGAGGCUGUGUGUAGGUGGCUGCAGGCCUGAGAGGUGUCAAUGAUGGGGUGGAGCCGGGGGUGUUGGGAGAGGUUUGAGCAGACCCAGCUGGGCAGCACCAUAGGGAUGCUGGGUUGGUAUUUUUGGGAAGGAGAAUGCUGAGCUCUUACUCAGAAAUCCAGUGUAGGAGGCAGAUGAUCUCCUGAAGCCCUCUGCACAGAAAAGGAACCGGCUUUGGAGAGCAUCAUGGGUUUCUGCUGCUUCCUCAACUGGUCUCCCCAGUUCCAGGAAGGCAGAACAGGUCAUUGAGAGGCACAGCUUGGGCUUCUGGAUCGUGACACAGGAGCAAAGUGGUGGAUGGGUCAUGUCUGUGAACAACGAGGUGUGAGCAGCCCAGUAUAGGGCACAGGGUCCCCAACAUGGUGGGUCUAGUGGCUCACUGCUAGGUCUGAUUUAAGAAAGAUACCUGGAUAGGGCGAUGUAAAAACCGUCUCUGGGUCCCCAACGAAGGGUUGGGAGCUGAGUUGUACCUGCAGCUGGUCGGGAGCCGCAGGAACUCUCAUACGUAUGGAGGGAGGGUAUGGCAUGGGGGCUGCCACACUGUGACUCAAGAGCGUGAUGGGUGGAUGUGGGCCUCAAAGUGGGCCAGCUCUGCCUAGACCAGAGCUUUGUGCUUCCUGCGGAGCAUCCCUGGAGUCCGUGUGACUGUGUGGCCAGAGAGCAUGGUCUUGGGGCAGGCAGAUGACAAGAGGCCGCACCAGAAUGGAAGUCAUCUGCAUUUGGAGGCAGGAAGCAACACAGAACUCUCCCUGCAGUUGCUUUGGCGCUGACCACAAUGCUGAGCAGGAGGCAGCAGCCACAGGCCCAGUGACUGGUGGCUCGGUGACCAGCAGCCCAGUGACCGGCAGCCAGGUCCUCACCUGGGUCCUCUCAGUGAAACCAGGGUGGCUGCGCCAGCAGACAGCGCUGCGGAGCCAACUCCUGACAGAGGAUGAUGUGGACCUGGAAGCCCUGGUGAACGAUAUGAACGCAUCCCUGGAGAGCCUGUACUCAGCCUGCAGCAUGCAGUCAGACACGGUGCCCCUCCUGCAGAAUGGCCAGCAUGCCCGCAGCCAACCUCGGGCUUCAGGCCCUCGGUCCGUCCAGCCACAGGUGUCCCCGAGGCAGAGGGUGCAGCGCUCCCAGCCUGUGCACAUCCUUGCUGUCAGGCGCCUUCAGGAGGAAGACCAGCAAUUUAGAACCUCGUCUCUGCCGGCCAUCCCGAAUCCUUUUCCUGAACUCUGUGGCCCUGGGAGCCCCCCUGUGCUCACGCCGGGUUCUUUACCUCCGAGCCAGGCUGCCGCAAAGCAGGAUGUUAAAGUCUUUAGUGAAGAUGGGACGAGCAAAGUGGUGGAGAUUCUAGCAGACAUGACAGCCAGGGACCUGUGCCAAUUGCUGGUUUACAAAAGUCACUGUGUGGAUGACAACAGCUGGACACUAGUGGAGCACCACCCGCACCUAGGAUUAGAGAGGUGCUUGGAAGACCAUGAGCUGGUGGUCCAAGUGGAGAGUACCAUGGCCAGUGAGAGUAAAUUUCUAUUCAGGAAGAAUUAUGCAAAAUACGAGUUCUUUAAAAAUCCCAUGAAUUUCUUCCCAGAACAGAUGGUUACUUGGUGCCAGCAGUCAAAUGGCAGUCAAAGCCAGCUUUUGCAGAAUUUUCUGAACUCCAGUAGCUGUCCUGAAAUUCAAGGGUUUUUGCAUGUGAAAGAGCUGGGAAAGAAAUCAUGGAAAAAGCUGUAUGUGUGUUUGCGGAGAUCUGGCCUUUAUUGCUCCACCAAGGGAACUUCAAAGGAACCCAGACACCUGCAGUUGCUGGCCGACCUGGAGGACAGCAACAUCUUCUCCCUGAUCGCUGGCAGGAAGCAGUACAGCGCCCCUACAGACCACGGGCUCUGCAUAAAGCCAAACAAAGUCAGGAAUGAAGCUAAAGAGCUGAGGUUGCUCUGUGCAGAGGAUGAGCAAACCAGGACAUGCUGGAUGACAGCGUUCAGACUCCUGAAGUAUGGAAUGCUCCUUUACCAGAACUACCGAAUCCCUCAGCAGAGGAAGGCCUUGCUAUCCCCGUUCUCAACGCCAGUGCGCAGUGUCUCCGAGAACUCCCUCGUGGCAAUGGAUUUUUCUGGGCAAACAGGACGCGUGAUAGAGAAUCCGGCGGAGGCCCAGAGCGCAGCCCUGGAGGAGGGCCACGCCUGGAGGAAGCGAAGCACACGGAUGAACAUCCUAGGUAGCCAAAGUCCCCUCCACCCUUCUACCCUAAGUACAGUGAUUCACAGGACACAGCACUGGUUUCACGGGAGGAUCUCCAGGGAGGAAUCCCACAGGAUCAUUAAACAGCAAGGGCUCGUGGACGGGCUUUUUCUCCUCCGUGACAGCCAGAGUAAUCCAAAGGCAUUUGUACUCACACUGUGUCAUCACCAGAAAAUUAAAAAUUUCCAGAUCUUACCUUGCGAGGAUGAUGGGCAGACGUUCUUCAGCCUAGAUGACGGGAACACCAAAUUCUCUGACCUGAUCCAGCUGGUUGACUUUUACCAGCUGAACAAAGGAGUCCUGCCUUGCAAACUCAAGCACCACUGCAUCCGAGUGGCCUUAUGACCGCAGAUGUCCUCUCGGCUGAAGACUGGAGGAAGUGAACACUGGACUGAAGAAGCGGUCUGUGCAUUGGUUAAGAACACACAUUGAUUCUGCACCUGGGGACCCAAAGCGAGAUGGGUUCGUUCAGUUGCCAGCCAACCAAGAUUGACUAGUUUGUUGAACUUAAACGACGAUUUGCUGCUGUGAACCCAGCAGGGUCGCCUCCCUCUGCGUCGGCCAAAUUGGGGAGGGCUUGGAAGAUCCAGUGGAAAUUUGAAAAUAAACUGGAAUGAUCAUCUUGGCUUGGGCCGCUUAGGAGCAAGAACCGGAGAGAAAUGAUUGGAAAUGAACUCUUGCCCUGGAAUAAUCUUGACAAUUAAAACUGAUAUGUUUACUUUUUUUGUAUUGAUCACUUUUUUGCACUCCUUCUUUGUUUUCAAUAUUGUAUUCAGCCUAUGGUAGGAGGGGGAUGUGGCGUUUCAACUCAUAUAAUACAGAAAGAGUUUCUAACGGGCAGACUUCAAACUGAGUAUGGGUCCCCAAAUGUUCCCAGAGGGUCCUCCGCACCCUCUGCCAACUACCGCGGUGUGGAUUCAGCUCCCAAAUGACAAACCCAGCCCUUCCCAGUAUACUUGAAAAGCUUUUCUGUUAAAAUAAAAGGUGUCACUGUGGUAGGCAUUUGGCAUGUUUUGUGGACUCAGUCAAGCAACCACAGUCUGUUAAUCAUUUCUCUAUGCUCAGAUGUCAGAUCCUCUUGUUAUUAGCGUGUCUUGUUCUGCACAGUGCAGGAGACUUUAUUCCUUUGGAAAAUUCACUGUUCCACAAACAGCAGGCUGAAUGGCCUCGCCUCUAGACUGACGUGGGCCAGCCUCCUUGAGACACACCUGGCACCCGUCAUCGGCCAGCGGUGGAUGCUGCAUAAUCCACCUAGGUACUUUCAGCCUUGCGUUUCCACGGCCUUCAGCCUGUUCUAGAACGAUCACUGCCUUACCCCUGCUGCUGCAGUGGUGUGAGUCGUUUCACGGCUGAUGUCCCUCGGGGGAUUAAAGGAUCUAAAGAGAGAAUGGCACCUGGUUGGCUUCGUGCUGUGUCUCGUGGGUUUCCAUGGUGAUAAAGACAAGGAAACGCUGCAGAGGUCACAGGCACAGGCUGAUAUUUAAAGAUCUUUGCUUGCAGCCCUCCGUCCUGCUGAGAACCCCCAUAAGCCAGUGAACGCAGAGCCCCUAGAGGCUCCUCUGCUGGCUUAGGGUGCAGAGUACCUCACGGUGGUUGUGGACAUGGAAGAGUUUUGUCAACACAACACUUCCUCCCUGCUCUGGGAGAUGAGUCAGACGGUGGCUUGAGUUGUCACUUGGUCCCCUCCGCCCCUCGGGUGGCCCCCUUUGCCAUGUCCCCUUAGCUUAGUGAUCAGGUGUGAGAGUGGCCAUUUCCUUACCUUUAAUCCCUGCAAAGCAGAAAGGACUCCCUUGACAAGGAACAGACUACCGUGGUGAGCAGAACGAUUUCCUUUUUCAAGACAACACCCGCCUGGCUUCUCUGAAUCUGUGCUAGCCACGAUAUUGCCCCAAAUCCGCUCCCACUGAAGUGCUCCCUAAGAAACAGCAUUUCUCUGCUCGUCAGUCAACCCCCAUAGCCUAGAGCAGUGUCACGAGCUUCAGUAAGGCCAAUCAGCUGGAAGUCAGUGUACCAUAUAGUAACACUGUAUUUCAGUUUACAGACCACACUCUAGCUGUUUUCCAUGAAAGGUAUACAAAUAAAGAAUUUUUUAGCAAAACAUGUUUUUAACCAUCAGUGCUCAAUUGCAUUUUCUUCCUUUCGCAGCCAGUCAGUCUUUCGAACUAUUGACAGUGAGAUAAUUCUCGUGUUCACACCUGGCGGCAGGCUUCACUAUAGGGACGGACAUUGCAGUUACACCGCGAUUCCUUUCUCUUCACUGGCUCGAGGUAAACACUUUCCAAGGAAAAACAACUCUAGGAUUUCUUUUUUCUGUGUACGUAGACCAGUCCCAUCAGUGUAUAAUCUCUCUCUUUCACGCCUCUCUCCAAUAGACAGCUUGUAUUUGCAGUAUUUCAUAUUUAUAAAUAUGCGUUUAUUUAAAAGGAGAACAAAAGCUUGACUCUGAUUCACAGUUUUGUAUGUAGCUGGUUUGACGUAGUCUUUUGUAUUUUCCCUGCCGAAGUGAAUUGUUGGAGAAUGUAAACCGCCUCCGUGCGGCAGCAGACUUCCUAAGGCCCCAGCUCGCUAGCCUCGUGCUGGGCGGCUGGGAAUUCCACCUGAGAACAAGUCCCGCAAACCGGGGACGGAAGGACAUUUGACUUUUAUUUUUGUAUUUAAUUGACAUGAAUGUAAAGGGGACAGCUCAGGGUUGUUUUGGAGCCUGUUGACUUUGUAUCUCUGCCUGUGAUUUUCUUUUCUAAAUGAAACUCCAUGUAGCAACCGGGAUGAAGUUGAGAAGGAAAACGCCAAAUGCUUUGGUUAUUAGAGUUUAAUAGGUAAGCUCUGUUACACUAGGUGUUAGAGUUCCAGAAUGUUCUUUUGUUUGCUAAACCUUGAAGAAACAUGUGCCUCAGCCUAGAUGUUUUGUCUUCUCUUUUCUGCACUUAAUACCUGACAGUGUGACUGAUCUCUGCGCCUUUCCGGGGGCGGGCCAGCUGGCGGUAGAUUUGUGAUGUCACAGUGCAAACUGCAGCGACUGUAAAUCGGCCUGGCGUAUAUAAACGUUUUCAGGGAAUGCAGAAGGUAUUAAUGAAGAGACAAAACCUUUAUUCCAUGUGCUUUGCUUCAUUCUGUACAUAGCUCUUUGGCUCGUGAACCUAAUUGUAAACUUUCAGGUAUUUUUGUACAAAUAAGGGACUGAUGUUCUGUUUCUUGUAAUUAGAAAUAAACAUUAAUACAGUGUUCUUCA